UGCAAUUUUUCAGGGCGAAUGUGUCUGUAUUGAGUUUGGCAUUAAUUAAAAACUACAGUUUAAUAAAAAUUGUUGCAGGAACUGCCUUAUCAUUUGGAGCAAUUGCUUGAUCACAGCAGAUUAGCUGCUUGCCUUGUGGAGUGGCCAAUGUUUGAUUGUCUUUGUGAAGAGCAAUACAGCUUGGAUCUGUUGCAUUCAUGGAGGAAGGCUGGUGGCUACAAGGCAGCAUCAGCUUGUUAUUUGGAGGCUCUCAAGAUUCUCAAACAGUCAGAUUUGGUUAAAGAGGAACUAGUAACGCGUCAAUACAAAGUUGCACGAUUUUUAAGUCAGGCAGGUAACUAUGAUGAUGCUUAUAAGUUGCUUACUGAGACAUUAGAGAUAGAGGAAAAUGAGUUGGGAGCUCGUCCUGAACAGAUGUCUGAUCUUCUUUACCUGCUGGCUGAUAUACUCAGUGAAAUUGAAAAACUGGUUGUUUUUAUAUCUGAGGAUACACUGAAACAGUCUCGUCAAAUUAUUGACCAUACAAGGCGGUCAGCUACUCUUCGAAGACAGCUACCUGGUCCAGAGCACGAGAGGAAACUGGCUGUCACUUUGCUUCUUAAUUCAUUUCAUUUGUCAUCAAUUACACAGCAAGGUAAAGACAUAGAAGGCAUUACAGUUGAACAAGCUCUAGAAGAAGGAAAGGAAUGUCUUAAAGAAGCAAUGCAAAUAUUUGAGAAACAAGGUGAUAUGGAAAAAAUAGCCGACUGUUACAUGACUCUUGGAUUUCUACAACAGUCAGGAACACCAGCUGAGUUUGAAUGUUAUGAGAAGGCACUUGACUUGUGUAUGCGAAGUGUUGGUCGUAAUCACAUUCUCACAUCUCGCCUUCAAGCCAAUAUUGGAAAUUAUUAUGAAUAUAUUGGACAAAUUGAGAAGGCUUAUGACUCUUUUGUAGAAUGGGCAGCAAUUAGUACAGAGGUGCUGGGACCUUCCCAUCCAAAGACAGUGUGUGCAUAUGAAGUGCUCCAAGAACCUCGAUAUUCUGUUAUUGAGAAGAGGAGAAAAGCAGAAAGCCUGUGAUUGUGUAUUAUGUAAAACAAUAAAAAUUUCAGCACAACGUUCAACUUCUUGUUUAUCAUUAUUGUAUUCAAAAGAAUUUAUUACUGGUACAUGCUAA